CAAGCACCUAACCCCACUUUCUGCCCAUCAUACGUUUGACACCUGUCAGUUUACAUAAUUUUUUACUUUGUCUGCAUUUUCUAGUAAAUAAUUAUGUUUGCGGGCAAAGUCUUAAGAAGGGUCCUAAUCCCUUCUGCAACGGCGGUUGCAGUAAAAAAAGAGCAAGACAGCACCUCUGAGGCACCCUCAUACAUCUGCAAGCCCAGCAAAUUACCGAUUUACGUACCAGAACCAGAAGUUAAACGAGUGGAAACGCAACAAACAGACGAGGCCUCAGGAGCGAUUGAGGAAGUUGUCAGAACGACACGGCAAACCUUACAGAAGGUUUCAAUGGAGAUUUCAGCGUACGAGAGGGUCGGAAUGAACUAUUUUGAACAAAGCAAAGAAAAUUUAGACUGGUUGGUGGAUUACCUACGUAAAGAAGACAACAGUAUGCCAAGAGCUGGUGCAAUUGCGAUAGGCGCCCUUGCAGGGUUAAUUAUGGGGCUGAGGGGUAGAUUUUUCAAAAGGACACUUUACAUGACUGCAGGGGGAUUAGGAAUGGCUGCCGUAUGUUACCCCAAAGAAGCUGCUGAAUACUCACAGGUCGGCUUAGUUGAGGCCAGGAAAUAUAUUACAAUAGGCUACAACUUUAUUUUAGGAGUGGAGAAGGACAGCCCUCCAAAGGAGUUGCCAAGUUUACCUAAAAUGCCUUCCAGUUUGUCUGAGGUGUGGGAUUCAGUAAAAUCAAGUGCCAGUUCUUUUGUUUCAGAUAAGGAAAAAACGGAAGAAAAAGUUGAGGUUUCAAAAUCAGGGGACAAAAAAUGAAGCAAAUCUAAAUAAUAAAUGUAUUUAACAAUAAACUUAUGUAAUGUUAUGGAUGAAGUAAAAAUUCCACUCUUUG